AUAAAUAAAAUGUUAGCAGAAUUAUUUCCUUUCUGGACAAAUUACGGUUAUUGCUUAAUAAUAAUUCCAAUUUUUUACGGUAUUAUAAACAUAAUAUCAAAGUACAAACAGUUGCGUUGUGAAAGUGGUGAAGAAAAUAAAAAUUUAAGAGAUAGUUAUUCAACAGAGUACAUUGAAGACGAGCCGGGUAAUGAUGAACCGGCUUUAUCAAUAAACUUGGAACACAUUCCUUAUGUUUAUGCAAAGCCAAGUGUUGAAGAUCUGAAAAAUCGUGCUAAAGAAUUUUAUAAAAUUGCUAACGCACGGAGAACAAUUAGAUUUUUUAGCUCAGAGCCUGUUCCUCACAGCGUUAUUCAUGAUAUAAUUAAAGCAGCAGGGACAGCACCUAGUGGUGCCCACACAGAGCCUUGGACUUUUGUGGUGGUAUCUGAUAAAAUGACGAAGAUGAGGAUAAGGGAGAUAAUCGAACAAGAGGAAGAGAUAAACUAUAAAAAACGCAUGGGUAAAAAGUGGACGACGGACUUGAAGCCGUUGAAGACAAAUUGGAUUAAAGAGUAUCUCACGCAAGCACCGUACUUAAUAAUUGUGUUUAAGCAGAAGUACGGUAUGCUGGCUAAUGGAAGACCAAAGAUUCAUUACUACUGCGACAUGAGUAAAUUGUGCCUUCUUUUACCUGUCGGGUAUCCGGCUGUCGAUGCAACGGUACCUAAACUUGAGCGCAAGCCUUUGGAAGAUAUUUUAAUUGAGAUUUAA